AUGGAAACUACAACUUGGACAGAGAGCACGUCUGAACUUACAGCUACAAGUAACCCUGCAACCUUGACUGGAAAUACUACUGAAUCAUCAGUUACAACUAAACCUACAAGCCCGACAGAGAUGAAAAUGAAAUAUAAUACUGUGCCUACAACCAUGACAGAGGGGAAAAUUGAGACAGAGACCUAUAAAACAGAUUCAAUACCUACAGUUGAAUCUACAACCCUAACACAAAACUUUCUUCAAGCUACUGGUGGAACCGAAUUUAUACCUUCGACAAUGAAGGCAACAGAAUCAGUAGCAGCAACUGGACCCACAACCUCCACAGAGAGCAUGAGUACAUCAACAGCUAUAAAAGAACCAACACGUUUAAGAAAUGAAACAACUGAAUCAAUAACUACAAUUGCAACUACAACCACAGCUGAGAGGAAAACUGAUCUUACAACUGCAGAUAAAAGUACACUGACAGAAUCAAAGACUACACCUGAAACUACAACCUUGAUAGACAGGAUAACUAAAUCUACAAGCAACACUGAACGCAGAACUGCAACAGAAGGAACAUCUGGAUCCAUGGCUAAAACUGUAUCCACACCCUCAUCAGAGAUAUCUACUGAAUCUAUAGUUAAGACAGAACAUUCAAAAUCGAUAAAAGGGACAACAGCUAUAAUUUCACCUACAAAUUCAGCAGAAUCAACAGCUACAACUGAAUUUACAAGCAGUGAUGAACGCAUGACCCCAAUAGAGGAGAAAACAAAAUCAGCAGCUGGCAUUGAACAAACAGACUCGACAGAGAGGACAACUGGAUCUACAUUUACAAAUGAAACGAAAGCGUCAAUAGGAAGAACGACUUCAAUGACAGGUUCACCCGAGCUAUCAAGUUCGACAGAGAAAAUAGGCCUACCUACGGCUACAGCUGAACCUACAGCUUUGACGAAGAGGGUAGCGGAAUCACCAUCUACAACAGAAUCAACAUCAACAACAGAAUCUCUAUCUUCAACAGAAUCAACAUCUAUAACAGAAUUACUAUCUACAUCAGAAUCAACAUCUAUAACAGAAUUACUAUCUACAUCAGAAUCAACAUCUAUAAGAGAAUCCCCAUCUACAUUAGAAUCACCAUCUAGAACAGAGCCAACACCUACAUCAGAGUCAACACUUACAACAGAAUCAACAUCUACAACAGAGUCAACAGAAUCUACAGAAUCAUCACCCACAACAGAAUCACCAUCUAUAACAGACUCACAAAUCAACACCUACAAAGAAUCAUCAUCUAUAACAGAGUCAUCACCUUCUAUAGAAUCAACACCUACAACAGAAUCACCAUCUAUAACAGAAUUACAAUCUACAAGAGAAUCAACGUCUUCAAUAGAAUCAACAUCUACAACUGAAUUAGUAACUACAACAGAAUCACCAUCUAGAAAACAAUCAACAUUUACAACAAAGUCAACAGCUAUAACAGUAUCACCAUCUAUAACAGAAUCAAGAUCUACAACAGAAUCAACAUCUUCAACAGAAUCAACGUCUGAAACUGAAUCAGUAUCUACAACAGAAUCAUCUUCUACAACUCAGUCAAUCUCUAUAACAGAAUUAACAGUAAAAUCAGUAGACACAGCAUCGACAGGAAAAAUUAAACACAAGUAA